AUGGCCGCAGCAUAUGCAGUUGGGCAUGUCUCUGGUGCACAUUUCAAUCCUGCAGUUACUAUUGCCUUGGCUGCUGGCCGCAUAUUUCCAGUCAAACAUGUACCUAUGUAUGUGAUGAUGUCACAAUUCUCUGGUGCAACAUUAGCAAGCCUGACCCUCAGGCUGUUAUUUAACGACCAAGACCGUAUUCAAGCUACCAUGACUCAGUUCUCUGAUCCAACAACUUACCUGCAAGCCCUCACUUGGGAAUUCGUUAUCACGUUUAUACUGAUGUUCACCAUUUGUGGUGUUGUCACUGAUGACAGAGCGGACCAAAAUCUCUCUGGAAUUGCAAUAGGUGGUGCGUUUGUGGUGAAUGUCAUGAUUGCUGGGCCAAUCACUGGAGCUUCCAUGAAUCCUGCAAGGAGUUUGGGACCAGCUAUCGUCACCGGAGUUUACAAGAACAUUUGGGUUUAUAUUGCAGCCCCUAUUCUUGGAGCCAUUGCUGCUACUAUGGUGUACAGUGUGCUCAGGGUACCUAAGCUGGUAAAAUCUGAUGAAAAGGCUGAUCCAGUAAGAUCACAAGUCUGAAUUGUUCAAUAGGACUAGAAUUGGCUGUACACAAAAUGUCACGAAAAGCACUUCGAU